CAAACCCCACGAACCGUUGCCCGAGUCAGUGCUCUUUGUUCCUGUCAGCACGCGUACGCAGUCGAGCGAUCCAUCUUGGACGAUCCGGAACACAAUUGCGCCAGCUUUGCUGUAUUUGGAUAUGGCUGGAUUGUAAUCACUACGCCCAGUUUCCGUUUAUACCUGUUGAGCCUGAAGAGUGGGAUAGAAAGAGAUCUAGAAAGAGCACCGAGGUACAAUAAAAGGCAGAGAUUUAGCAAAGGAAAAGACCGCGAAUCUUGGCCGGUACAGCGUCUUGGAGAAGGAUCGAGCACAAAUGUCAACCAUGACGAGCAUUGCGAACAACUACCACAACCAUGCAGAUGCCCUCGCAAGCCCGAGAGCGAGAAGGUCCUACGUCGAUGCUCCGAACGGUCCACACUUCCCACGUAGCGCCAGUUACACCUUUCUGGGGCACGCAGCAACAAAGAAUCCCGCUUACAACGCACCAAAGCCUCUGCCCAUCACAAACAGGGGCAGCUUUUGUGAGCAAGACUUGAUCGCUCCUCUGGACGACAGCAACGACACAUCCCCACCCGAGUCUUCUGGUUGGUCGACGCCAGCCGACGAUCAGACAAUGCCUGUUUGCAUGCCCCCUCACGAUCUUGUUGCCGAACUUCACAAGAGUCCCAAAAUCACAAUCACCGCCAACAGCGAGCACAAUCCAAGCCCACCAGUCUCGCUCAAAGACGGAGCGAGUAUCGACUCUGCAAAGGUCCUACCUGCUCCUGUACUCGGCGACCGUACUCGCUCUACAUCAAAAUCAAGGUCCCUGGCCAAACGUCUGAGCAGGAGGCUAUCUAGCGCGCCUCCAUCACGCUCUCCUUCUCCUUCCAACCGUAAGAUUGAGGCCAAGGUCGAGGACCUCGCACAAGAUGUUCCCGCUGAGCCCUCACCAACUGCCGGCCGACCGGUAGCGACUCGGAGAAAGUCGAUUUUCAGGAGACGAGACUCGGAAAAAGCCAGGGACGACGACACAGAAGCCACAGAAGCUGGUGGCUUCUUGGCCAGAAAGGGCACUGUGCUCAAAAGAAGAUCGCUCAAACCAGUGGCGCCCACAGUGAGAGCAUCCAUGGAAGAGCCCACCAAAUCUCAACCUCCCACGCCACAGCUGCCCAAAUCCUUCUCGACUGAUAGAUUGCAAACCGUUUCACAUUUACAUCCCGGCCGUGCCAACCCAAUGCCACCGUUGGCUUCUGUCGAGAAAUAUCAGACCUUACCAUCUCUUACUUUGCCACGCAAGAAGGAUGAGCUGUGGAGUGUCUUCAGGUCGCUCGAUGGUGACUAUACCAAAUUCCAGUCCAAGUCGAGCACGCUCAAAGCGAAUGUGGUCAGAUCCUCGCUGCUACCCUUCCUACGAAAUUAUGCCGACCAUCCGUCCAAUCUCGCACUACGAGCAGAAGAUUUGGACAGACGCACUAAUAUUCUGAAUAAAUGGUGGACGGGCCUUCUCGACAUGCUUCACGGAAGAAACAACCAAUCCAUAUCCGGCACUGAUCGCCCCGCUAUUCUAGAUGGCAUAUCUGGCAUUAUGGAUCGUCAAGAAUGGCGGCUGUCGCCUUCUCCAUUGUGCCCUCUCGACCGAAGGAAUAUCGUGGCGCCCUCGAGGAACAAAUCCACAACUUCGCUUUCGUCUGCUGGUAUCGACUUCCUCACAGAGUCUGUUCACCACAACGUACGAAAUAUGUUUGUGCAGAAUCUCAACUCUCAAAUGGCUUUUGUAGUUGACAGAAUGUCGCUCAAAAACGCUUCUGCCAGUCUAGUGACAUUCUGUGGAAAGGCUACUGCAUAUGCCUUCUUUUUCUGUCCAGGUAUCGCCGAAGUGCUCGUACGCUUGUGGGACGCUCCAACAGAAGUCAUGCGAAGAGUUCUUGCCGAAAGUGGUGUCAGCAGAUUUGACAAUCUCGGUGAAACUGCUGCAAGGAUAAAUUCUGCUUUCCCUCCUUCCAUGCAAUCCUUGGGAUUUAUCUCACUAGGUAAGAUGCUCAAGCAUCUCAGAACUCAGACCCCUUUGCCGCUCGGGACAGCGAAUAUCCAGUGGUAUGGAUAUUGGCUUGAGCGAUGGUCUGGUCGUGAAAGUGACCUCUUCUUCGCCUUUGUCAAACACUUCCACAUCUUGGUUGCCGACUACCUGCCAUCAGAUGCCACAAAGCAGGAGAGAAUCUCUGUCCCAGGUCUCCUUUUUGUACACUCCCAAAUCCUGGUCAACCUGGAUUCUACCAUUCACCGUGAUGCAGGUCCAUCGCACGGUGAUUCAUCAAAUACUAUUUCUCCUACUUUCGACGACGUUCUGGUUGAUCCAGAUGCUGUUGCGUCAACGUUACCCUUACCACCUAUUAAUGCUAUCCGAAUCAUGGCGGAGAACCGUCUGAUAAUGCUAAUUCGAGACUUUCUAUCGGAACGAGCCUUGGAAUAUCCCUUCGCUCGACAACUUUUCGCCGAGUCAUUCGCGUGUCUACUACAAGCGGGCGCGCGCGGCAUCUCGGUCUACAAUCAUCUCGCAUGCUACACUCUUUGCGACUUUCUUGAGGAAGCGUUCCCAAUCAUUCUUCGCUACGAGCAAGUACAUCCUUCGCAAGAAUGUCUGAUUGACACAGACUUCUGGAUAGACGUUUGUAAGAGAAUGGUGUUCAGCCAAAACACGAUGACUGAGAUUAGGCUAUUUGCCUUCCUCUUUACAAUCUGGAGUACGGUCAACAGCAGUCCAGACCGCAAGAUCAAGAUAUGUAUUGAUCUUCUGCUCGACCAAGAAGUGUUCGAAAAGACUUUUAACCACUGGUGCCCUAUGGUACGGGCUUACUAUAUGCGGCUGCUCUGUUGGCGUCUUGGUCGCUACGAUGGAGAAGGUUCAUCAAGCGAUAGGUUGAUUUUCGAGACAUUGCUCCAGCGCCUACAGGUUGUUUGGUCACACUUUUUGUGGCAAAGACAGCAAGCUGCUCAAGGCAGGAUGCUACCACCUUCUACAACGCCGUGUAACCCAGCACCUGGCAGACGUCUAUUGAUCAUUCGCACUGAUACACAGGUCGCGCCGGGUGGCUCCUUCCUGGCUUUUGAUGGUAUCGUCCCGCCUCACCCCUCAGCCCCUAUUGGAGCCCCAAGCCAAGCAUGGAAGCGAGACUCUGUCAUGUCGCAGGCAGCUUCGCUAGACAUUCGGCCCACGUCGUCGGCAUCUUCUGACUUCAGCUCUGAGCUCGAAAGCAGCGUGGGUGGACUACGUGGCUUCCUUCGCGGACUCAUUGGUGGCAAGAGUCGCUCCAAGGCAACGCCCACCCCCACGGUCAAGACUUCUUCCUCGUCAGCUUCGUUACCGCCGGCACUAGAAAUGCCUGUGUCUGGUGGCAAAUUGACUCGAUCAGCGACCACCGCCACCCAGGCACCACGGCCGCGUGCCUCUGCUAUGAAACAAUCGCCUCAAGUCACACCUCAUGCCAGUCGUGGUCCCUCCCCUGUCAGGCACCGCAACUUCUGCUUCAAGUUCUCCCUUGAGAUGCACGUCAAAGCACACCACCCCACUGCCAUGCGUCUGGCACCGCCCCGUCUUCCUCUUGCAGCGCAGCUCUAUCUCCAAGAAGACAAUGGCGAUGACGCGGUCAUUCAAGCUGCUGAACCCCUCGGCGAGGCCAAGGCUCAGUCUACCUACUCCGGCCGAGCGUUGGCUGAGUGGAUGUGCAUCCUCAUGGAGUGUCAAGGCUUCUUCGAGCGCAGAAAGUCCGAAGGCGCUCCCACCAACAAGCACGUCGAGACACCAACACUGGGUGUUGAAGUCUUUGGCAAAGGAAGAUGAUAAAGCCUGUCUUGCAAGCGUUCCUUUUCAUCUUUUGUUAAUUUUCCCCUUAUCGAUUUCGUAAAUAGCCAUGCAUUUGUUGGAUAUGGGUGAUCUUGUCAUGUUGUUUUUUUUCAUCUCAUUCGCAUACAUGCGGUCGUUCUUUGCAUCAUAUGGAGUUCUCUUGUUGGAUGGGAGGAAGUAAGAUGUAUACAUGUGCGCUUUUGAAACUCUUGAAGCAAUUCAAUCAGCACUUGCCCAAGCUGAAAGGCAGCGUGGCUAUCGCAUCGACCUUUUUGUGCAGGCUUUCGUUACGAAC